UCUCUGGGGAACUCGCUUCCCUUGAAAGUCUCAUCCAGGAGAUGGAGUGAAGUGUCAGCAGUCCCAAGCGAACUCCUGCAGGAUAUUGGAAAAACCUUCCAGAGGUAUGAAGAGAAGGAGACUUUUGAGAAUCCAUUGGCUUUUCCUCCUGCACUGAAAUGGAGAAUCUGGGAAUUCUGGGAUAUAAAUUUUUCUUUGGAGAGUGUUGUCAAGCAAGUCAAAGAUACUCUGCUUUGUGAACUUCAACUUCAGAAAGAAAAUGUGACCCUGGACCCAGGCACUGCUCAUCCCAAACUCAUCCUGUCUGAGGAUCAAAAAAGCUUGAGAUGGGGAGAGGCGUAUCAAGAUUUGCCCAACAACCCUGAGAGAUUCGACGAAUGGCCUUUUGUUCUGGGACAUGAAGGAUUCACAUCAGGAAGACAUUACUGGGAUGUCACUGUGGGAAGUGAAGAGGAAUGGGGUGUAGGGGUUGCCAGUAGGUCUUUGAAAAGAAAGGGUGAUGUUGACUUUAAUCCUGAUCAAGGGAUCUGGGCAGUGGGGAAAUGGGCCGGGCAGUACGGAGUUCUCAAAGAACCUUAUUUUCUUUCUUUCCCCUUGACGGGAGAGCUGAAGAGCAUCCGAGUGUCUCUGAACUAUACUGGGAGAUGUGUGGCAUUUUUCGAUGCUGACAGAGCUGCCCUUCUCUUUGCAUUCUCAGCACUCACAUUCUCUGGGGAAGACCUUCACCCCUUCUUUUUUGCAAAUGGAAAAGCCAACUUGAUACUGUCUCACUAAAGGCUUCCAAUCUACCGCACAAGUGCUGGUGUUGUUGUUCUCCAGACCAGGGGUACUUCUAGAUGGGGCUCUAGUGCUGACCAGCCACCAUUGCUUCACCUGGGAGCCUUGGUGACACAAUGGUUAAAUGCCAAUACUGCUGCCAGAAAGUUGUGAGUUCGAUCCCAGGGAUUCCAAGGUCUACUCAGCCUUGCAUCCUUCUGUAGGUUGGUAAAAUGAAUACCCAGCUUGUUGGGGUCAAUUGGCUUACACAUUGUAAGCCACUUAGGAAGUGCUUAAGUGCACUGAUAAAUGGUAUAGAAAUAUACGUGCUAUUGCUAUUCACUGUGGAUGGAACUGGAAUUGAUUUUCAAUGGUUUUAAGAUACAAAGCACACAGGCAAUGAGACUACAUGUACGGUUACUAACAGUAAAAGCCAAAGCAAAACAAAACUCAGUGACAAAGCAAAAGAAGUGACAUGCUAUUUAUAGCUGCUUACUUACAAACUCAAAUCUUAUGGCACCUUGAAGAUGCACCUAUUUUAUUACGGCAAAGGGUCCACAAAAGUUUUUGCUAGUGUCCCUAGUCCCUUUUCAUCCAUGAACACAUCUAGAACUUUUAGAAGAUGGCAUGGGUGCCCUGUAGGCAUUCUUGCUGCCAUGUGCCCUCAAGUCCACUCUGGCAUCUCUAUAUUAGGGUUUUUUCUGGGAAAUUUUGUUCCAGGGAGAUUGCCUUCUUCUUAGUAAGAGAAAGUGCAACAUGCUCAAGGUCAUUCUAUGGGUUUUCAAGGCUGAGUGGGGAUUUGAACCCUGGUCUCCUGGAAUCUUAAUCCAGCAUUCAAAUCAUAAAGCAGGUCAAAUGGAGUGAUGAUAAUGACAUUAAUGCAUGGGAAAACCUCCAAAUCAUGCCAUUACAGCACAAAUGUGGCAAGGCUGAGAUACACAGCAUCAACAAUUAGCUAACCUUGAGAAUAUAGCUGAAGCCAUUUUUAAAUGGUAUAACCCCAGUGUAACAAGGUGGUAUGAUAAUGUAGUUGGUUGUAAAUGAAAUGCUUUCCAAAUGGUCUUCCACUGGGAGAACAACAGAAGAGGAACAACAUAAUGCACUAAGUCCCAGCCAAAAAUACAAUUAUCCUGCUGUAACUGCAGUAUAAGAGCCAGCGAGGUGUAAUGAUUUGAGCACUGGACUAUGACUCUGGAGCCCAAGGUUCAAAACCCAGCUAGGCCAUG